AAGGCGAAAACAAUUAGUUGGGAACUCAAGCAUAUUUGCAGCCAUAUUUAGUAGAAUUUUCAGUGUCGAAAAAGCGAAACGCUUUGACAAAAAUGGUGAAUUUUCGUGUUUUUCUUAUCAAAUCGAUAUUUGCUGUGCUCAUGAUUCUACAAUUGGCCUCCGAUGCGGAUAUCGUGACCGUUUUCAAGCGUACUUUUGGCAAAGCGUCUUUAAAUGAUGACAACUGUGGCUGUGGAAAAUAACGGCGCAAUAUUCGGAAAAAAGUGCUAGUAAUAAGUGAAAUCAUUUGCGGAUUUAGAAUUGUUUGAAAUAUAUUUAUUCAAUACUCAAAAGGCUUAUUGUAAGCUUAAACUACUGAAACCUUAGUUACUUGUUUUUUACUUCUUUUAAUUUUUAAAUCAAAUCUUCAAAAUUAAUCACAAAAAAAAUCUCCAGAAGUUAUCAUGCCACAUAUGUUCAUCUCUCUCUCUCGCUCUCUCUUCAUAUCUUACAUAAUUAGACAGCAACUGAAUGAAGAAUAUUUCAACAUUUUCUAUAACUUUGACUAAAAGCAUUUCAACACAACACAUAGCAUGUAACGGUGCCAAAAAAUUGAGCUCUUCAUCUAGUCAGAGCUAAACAAAUGCACAGAAUAUACUUUCAUGACUUUUCGUUUACGAACGAACUCUACAUUUCGUCUUCAAGUCAAUGAUUAUGAUAUCGUGGACGAUUGUAGCCGGCAACCUGAUAUAUAUUUGUCUCGUUAAGAACAAUGACUGGCUUCUGGAAUAAUUUUUUCGUAAUCGAAGAACCCUUACCAAUAGUUUCAAAUUCGGCUCUUAGAUUUAAUCUUCAAUUAAUGGCUCAAUACCGAUUGGUAUACAUUAAUCAUCGUGUCUUUUCUCGACUGUUGCACUUUGAACAACUUUCCCGCAUAAAAUCGAUCGGUUGAUGAAGCAGUAGUAGAGGCUAUCAAGAAAUCAAAAUGCAGUUAAAUUCUAUUGAAAAUGGAAAUGAGGGAAAUUGAAAAUGCACUUGUUGCAGCGCACAGAAAAUUAAGAUUUUUAUAGUCUCACUCGUUAAGUGUAAUAAAGGGCUGACAAAAAGAAGAAAAAAGGUGAUUAAAUAUAAUUUUAUGAACAACAUUUAAUCGACAAAAUUUAUCAGAGAACAUAAAUUAAUGCACCCGGUGCAACUUGCCACUGCAGUAACGGUGCUGCCUGCUGCAGGCGUAUAAAAGGAGCUGAGUCGCGCCUCUCCCCACAGUUUACCACGUGAAAUGGAUUAUGCAGCAUACAUUCUACUAAUCUGCUUUGCGCUCUGCCUAACCCUCCAACCGCUGCAAGCACAGUUCGGCGGCGCAGCUGGACAGGUAUACUAUACACAACAAGGGCCACCGGGACCGCCAGGACCACCUGGUUUAGCUGGUAAUAUCGGCAAUCCAGGGCCACGUGGUCCCACUGGCGAUACUGGCCCGGUAGGAGCAAUCGGUCCGCAAGGUGUACCUGGUCCUGACGGACGUGACGGUUCAGCUGGCCAACAAGGUGCGCCUGGUUUACGUGGUAGACGUGGCUUUCCGGGCUCGAAUGGACCGCCUGGACCGGCGGGACCGCAAGGUUUUAUGGGUCCACCCGGUCCACAAGGUCCGCCGGGUACGUCAGCUCGUCACAUGACGCAUGACAUUUACGCGGAGGACGACGAAACAGACUACUAUGAUAAUGAGUGAAAUGUAGAGA